GAGCUUACUGCCUGCACAUACUUACCUGCACUGCGAGACAUGAAGCGCAAAUGUAUCUGUGAAAUAUGCACUUGCGGGCGCCACCGUUGUCCCCAUAAUCCUACUCAUAUUUUUGAGAAAUCUGGAAAGCAAUGUGUUCUUACCGAAUACGUGGAAAAGUAUCCCCAGUACGAUCAUGUACAACCUCCAAAGAGUAUGAAACCAAAGCAAGAAUACAAUGGCGAGCAUGGAAGAAUGGAAGGCAUAACAACCUUUAAAUCGGAUUAUGUCCCCUAUGAGGUGAUUAAUCGUCCUGUACGUGUGCACAAUGAAUAUCAGCCUAAACCUGGCAGCAUUGAUCUAGGAACCACUUAUAACCAGGAUUAUAACCCACACAAACUAGAACCUGUGGCACCAGUACGUCCAGUGGAUAAAAGGCAGGCUAAUCCUGGAAAGUUUGAUACAAAUCCUACAUACAAAGACGAUUUCAGACCAUGGGAAAUUCAUAAACGAGAACUUGCUAAACAAGAACGUGUUUACCAACCACCAAAAGAGAAGUUUGGAAAUUCAACUACUUUUCAGGAUGACUUUUUUCCAAAGCAGAUAAUGCCAAGAGAGAGCUUUAAGCCCUUCGGUGUUGCAAAGCGUAAUGACAUUCCUUUUGAUGGAACAACAAGUCAUCGCAUAUCAUAUGUUCCCCAUGAGCUAGAACCAUGUUUUGUAAGACAAAAAAAUGAAUAUAAGCCAAGCAGCCAGCCAUUUGAGGAUCUCACAACCCAUCGUCUAAAUUUUAAGGGUGCACUUGGAGAGAUAACUAAAAGCUGCAAGCCAGAGCACGGCAAAGUUGGAAGCAGUGCUCAGUUUGAGGGUGCUACUGAAUUCCGAGAUAGUUUUCAGCCAUGGUCAAUGCCUGCACCGUAUGUUCACAAAUCCUAUGAGUAUGUGCCUCCCACAUCUCAUAUGGAGUGUGAUACAACAACUCAUCUGGAUUAUGUUCCACAUCAGGUGGGAACGGUUGCCGCUAUCAGGCCAGUCUCCCAUGGAAGAAGAAGCAACGUUCCAUUCCAAGGAAAUUCAACAAUGAAGGAUGAUUUUAGAGCUUGGGAAGCAGGGCGUCAAGAAAUGAUCAAGAGAGAUAAUCAUAUUCCAAAACCUAGUGGGAAAUUUGAAGGGCUAACAACUUUCAAAUCUCAUUAUCAACCCCAUGAGAUGAAUCCAACCCAGAGCUUUAAGCCUUUAAACAUGCCGCUCCGCACAUCUGCUCCAUUUGAAGGUGCAACGAUGUACCGUUCUGAAUACACACCCAAAAAGAACGAGAUUUGCCCAGCAAAUUAUCCAUCACCUCCUGGUUACGUCUUUGAAAGCAUUGAUAAGAGAGGCCAUAAGAUCUUUCAGAAGAUUCUUACUCCAGAAAUGAAAGCCUUUACUAAUGGAAACACCACUGCAAAGGCAAUCGCUGUUAUGUCUUAAUCACACUUAAUUAAGCCGUUAAUCAACAGAGCAUUGAGCAGCAAGCAGCAAAAGAAUAAAUUCUUACUAAGCACUUUCCUUUGCUUUCAGAUAUUUCAGCUUCUGUUUAAUGAUAUAUUUUUAUAGGUAUUUAAAAACUAAAGCCGACAGAAAUUAUCUAUAACCAAAGUUUACAUUAUUAUGUUCAUAGAUUCUUACCUUAUAUAUAUUAGCAUCAACGAAUCGUAAUUUCGUAUGAUUUUAAACCUGACGCCCAUAGUGUGUACACUGUAUAUAAUCAAUGCUAUUUAGUUCCAAAUUAAGAACCAUACCUCUUAUGAGAGAUUUAAAGAAGCAGUCAACUACCUCUGUCUGGGUUAAUGUAUAACUAAAUUCAGAUACAUAAGGAACUAUUGAAUACUACAGUAAAUGGUGCACAAUUUGAGUACUAUUUAUUUUUAAAAAAAAUGUACUUCAAAAAAUCCAUGCCAAUUCCUGGUCCUUUAGUGGCUAUAUUUAACAGUGUUCCGGAUCAGCAGGGCAGUCACUAUUUAAGGCAUCGAUUUUGCAGCAGUUCAUACUUCACAUGGGUGUAAUUAUCAGGUGACCUAGUUUUAACCAAUGGGUCAAGCUUAGGUAUUCUGCAGACUGUUUUACUCUUUUCUUCUAAUCAGUGGUAUUGAUUUUAAAUAUAUAUCAAAUAAAAUUUUUUCUGUACAAUGUACCCCAUUUGAUUGAUUUCAAUCAGUGGUAUUGCUACUGCAUUUUUAAAAAAGAUUACACUUUGAUUUUUCUAUACAUUGUACUUAAUUUCAAUAAAUUACGAUUUUGACUAAUAAAACUAAAACAAAUA